UCGAGGGAUCAUCGAGCGAUAUUUAAUAUUUCCACCUCUCAUUCCGAAUUCCAUCGUUGUUACGUGCGCGCACUUUCCGUCUUUCUUUUUUGUCUUUCUCUUAUUUUCUCCUUCUCUUCUUCUUCUCCAGUCUGGAUCAUCGAGGAAUAAAUUCAUCUGCGGUCGGAUGAGUCCAAUGUAUCGUUGAAUGGCUCGGUUCAUCAUCGAUUUUUACGCGAGAAUACGAGAAGAAUAGGAGAAUACCCAUGCGCGUGUCAAUGGACACAGGAAUGGGUGUUCACGGGCGCGAUUAAACCGUCUGAUUAUUUGUGUUACCCCGGAAACGCGGAUUGUAGAGUAUAGUCACCGUUUUUCUAAAACUCACGUGAGUGUUCAAGCGCGAUUAAAGGUCUUACCGUGGACUCCGUUUUUUAUUGUUCGAAAUUAGGAAAGCACGAAUGGUCGUGCUUAAUAUUCCGUUGUCUGAAGCUAACCGUAGAGCUAUCCGUCAGCGAGGUCUCACAAUUUUCCUGUUAGUUAAGAAGUCUGAAGCUCUCGAAACGGAAAGACAUUGUGGAACGGCAUUGCGGUACGAUGAUGCGUCCUUACCAUCAGUCUCUCCCACCACCAACACGUACCAAGAGAAGACAUUCACCUCAAGAAGCCAACUCCCGGAGAGGUAUCCUUUUUGAUUGCUUCGACGUGUUCUCUUUCAAAUUACUAAUAUUUUUGCUAUGAUCGUAUUUGUUAUUAGAGAUUUAUGUUAUUAUUUUAAGAGAUAAUUCGAAAUAUUUUCUAUAUACAUAAAAUACUUUUUUUGGAUUUACCCAUAUACGAUAAAGGAACUACUUUAAAUGAUUCUGAGAUGAUUUCAAUAACGAUAUCUUAUAAUAUAAAUUAAUUGAACACCUUCACAAUGACACCAUCUGACUGUAUUUUGGAUAUUUCGAACGUUUUUCAUUCAACCACUGUAAUAAUUGAAAAAAGUUGUUUAAGCAAAUCUGAGCCUACAUCAGUUUUAAGAGAUGUAUCUGCACGAGUUCAUGGUGGCGAAGUUUUAGCUAUAUUAGGUUCAAAAGGUUCUGGAAAAAGAGCUCUUUUGGAUGUGAUAGCUGGAAGAGCAGAAGGAGAAGUACGAGGCAGAAUAACAUUGAAUGGUAAUUUAUUAACACCUGAAUUAUUUAGAAGACACGGUGGAUAUGUAGCCCAUAGAUGUCAUUUAUUACCAAGUUUAACAGUUCGUCAGACACUUACCUAUGCUAUGUGGUUAGCAAAUUUAAAUAAUCGGGAAGCUAGAGUUAGACAAGCAUUAGCUGAUUUAGCAUUAUCUCAAGUUGCCAAUAGAUGUGUGAAUGAUCUUACAAGACCAGAGUAUCGGCGACUCAUGUUAGGUGUACAACUUGCUAAAGAUCCAAUGCUACUUCUCCUAGAUGAACCAACUUGGGAUACUGACCCAUUAAAUACAUAUUUAAUUGUAUCAAUGCUAUGGUCUUAUGCAACCAGAAGGGGAUCUAUUGUUGUUUUGACUAUGGAAACACCUAGAUCGGAUGUAUUGCCCUUUGUCAGUCGUGUGACUUUAUUAUGUUUAGGUGCUGUGGUUUAUUCUGGACCAACAAGAAGCAUGUUAGACUAUUUUACUUAUAUUGGAUUUCCAUGUCCAGAAUUAGAAAAUCCGUUAAUGUAUUAUUUAUGUCUUUCAACGGUAGAUCGACGUUCUAGAGAUCGUUUUUUAGAGUCUGAUCAGCAAAUCUCUGUGUUAGUUGAAAAAUUUAAAGUCGAAGGUCUUUUAUAUAUGAAAGAAGCACCACAAAUAUCACCUAAUUUAAAAGACACACCACUUGGAAUUAUGCAUAAAGGUUUGGGCCGAGGAAUUAAGCCAGGAUGUUUUUCCACACUUUUAGCUCUUUAUUUAAGAAGUAUGGCAGCUACAUUCUCUUUUAAUAAAUGUGGUUUAGGGCACUUCUUCGCACGUUUUUUAUUACUGCCAUUCAGUGUGGCUCUAAUGAGUAUAUUAUAUUCUCACUCAACUCCUGUACAAUCUAGAAUAUUUUUACAAACAGGAGGCUUGGUUUUUAAUGUAUUGAUGCUGUUUUAUGUAACUGGAAUAGCGACAACAUCAUUACUUUUUCCAGGUUUUCGUGCUAGAUAUUAUCAAGAAAAGAGAGAAGGCCUUUAUGGUGGAGCCAUGUUUUUGACUGCAUACACAUUAUUAAGUUUACCUUUAAGUUUCAUCUCGACUUUAAUCACAAUUAGUAUCUUAAUACCUAUCUUGGAAUUAGAUCUUUCAGCAUGGGCACAUACUUCUGGCAUUCUUUGGUCUAGCUAUAUUGCAGCUGAACAAAUAACUGUGGCUUUAUUAAUGAUACUUGAGAAUUCUUUAACUGGUGCAAUAACAGUAUUAUAUGUUGCACUAUUGUCUCUUGGUAUUGGAUCUGGAGCAAUCCGAAGUCUCAGAAAUUUACCACAUUGGUUAGCAACAAUUUCUAGUGCUCUACCUGCAAGAUAUGCCUCAUUGGCAUUAAAUCAAUUAGCUAUGGAUAUGCCAAUAUUUUCGAAUUUACCAUAUAAUGAAACUGUGACUUGUCCAGGUAUACCUGAAUUAUGUAGGUAUGCAGAUGGACGUACUUAUUUGAUAGAACGUUUUACACGCGAAGGUGAAAAUAUAUCUGAAGUAUUAAAUGUAGAAUUAAAUUUGUUAAUAUGUUUAGUAUUUGCUGUUGGAUUAAUUAUUCUAAAUAGCAUUCUAUAUUUAUUACCAUUACCUGCCAGAGUUAAAGCCAAAUUCAGGGAAUAA